CUCGAGUCCCUCUUGCUGCUGCUAUUUGUUUCUAUCAUUUUUCUACCCUUACUCUCCUUAUAUCUCUCCCUUUUCUUCCACCUGAGCUGUGCUCCAACCUCUCCCACCCCGCCAUGGACCCCGCUCAACCCCCGGUCGCCGAAGCGCCUGUGCCUGAAGCCGAACCACAACACCAGGACCAGUACCAGGAAAACCAGCCAGAGCAUCAACAUCAUCAAACCGAGCUAGAUCAACCAGACCAGAUGUCGCAAGGAUUGUCGCACAUGUCGGAGACGGAAACUCCGACCAUCGUCCCAACCGCCGCCUCAGAAGAACCUACCCUCCCCUCCACCAGCUAUCACAAUGGCUACAGCAGCGACUCGCGCGCCCACUAUGAAUAUCAUACUCCGACUCAGGACCCCCAGCCGCAACCACCGACCUCCUCACGGCCAAGCUCCGGGUUAUCGGGGACCCAGAAACAGCCAGCUCAGACAACAAAAAACAGUGUGGUGAUCAAGGUCGGGAUGGUCGGAGAUGCACAGAUUGGGAAAACGAGUUUGAUGGUCAAAUAUGUUGAGGGGAGCUGGGACGAGGAUUAUAUUCAGACUCUGGGCGUGAAUUUUAUGGAAAAAACAAUUUCGAUCCGGAAUACGGAGAUCACUUUCUCCAUCUGGGAUUUGGGAGGCCAGCGAGAGUUCGUCAACAUGCUCCCGCUCGUGUGUAACGAUGCGGUCGCUAUACUUUUCAUGUUCGACCUCACCCGCAAGAGCACUCUAAAUUCCAUCAAGGAAUGGUACCGACAAGGCCGUGGCUUUAACAAAACUGCCAUCCCCUUCCUCGUAGGUACCAAGUACGACCACUUCGUCAACUUUCCUCGGGAAGAUCAGGAGGAGAUUUCGAUUCAGGCCAAACGCUUCGCAAAGGCGAUGAAAGCCAGUUUGAUUUUCAGCAGUACCAGCCACAGCAUUAAUGUACAGAAGAUAUUCAAAAUCGUCCUCGCCAAGGCCUUUGACCUAAAGUGCACAAUCCCCGAGAUCGAAAAUAUCGGUGAACCUUUACUACUCUAUAAAAACGUCUAAUCACCGCGCCCGCGUGCUUGAGCUUACGUCCGUGCGUUUGGACGAAUGAUGUUGACGACCGAACGUUCCCUACACCUAGGUUGGGCCUAUAUCAAGUCCUGGAUCCCCACGAUCCCUCUCUCUUUCCCUUUUUUUUUCUUAUUUCACCAGCAUUGGGAUGCGCCUGGACUUCAUUCUCUCACCAUUUCUUUGCUUUUCUUCAAUUCCCCAUUGUCUCUUUCCUUCUAACUGUAUCUUUUCCUACUGUCGGAGAUUGCGCGUUGAGUCUCUGUGCGUUUUUACCGCGCUUUGCGUGAAAUUGCGAUGUCAAAGUAUGUAAUGUGCAAAGACCUUUGAGGUUGUCGUUUUCGCAGCCGAAUUGAAGUUGUCAAGUCGG